AUGCAUCCUUGCUGGAGAAUUUCACAUCGAAUCCUCUCCACCAUUAUCUUUGGGCGUCUUGAGCUUGUUCAAAUUAACCGUUAUGAACUGUUCUUCCUUUGCUACAUCUACAAGAGUAAGUUUCCUUGUUUGUCCACGAUUUUCCUUGACAAGUGUGACUCGGUUCAACAACAGACCACCGGAGAAAUUCACAGAAGGGGGCUAAUCACCAUUAUAGGUCUAGCCAUCGGCCUAGAGUUCCCUACCCCCACAUACAUACCUGUUGACCUCCUCCAUCCUACCUUCCUACUCGAUUUUGCUGCUCUAGAGUGUAUGGAGAUGUUGCAAGACUGGAGAAAUGAUGGGUACAUUUGGCUUAAUAGUAACAAAGCCCCAAUCUACAUUCUUCCAAGCUGGAUUGGUGAUUCAUUCGAUGCACGAGACCCUGACAGGAGGGACUAA